AUGCCUUCCAGCUCUAGCUCGAAUUCUGAGUCGCGAUCUGGCUCUAAGCCACGAUCUAGUUCGGGGUCAUCUUCGUCUCGUUCUGAAUCUGCUUCUGGGUCCUCUCCCGAGUCUGGUUCUGGUUCGUCCUUAGGGUCCGGGUCUAGGUCUGUCUCUAGAUCUUCGCAUGGGUCGUAUUCUACCUCUCCCAAGAGGAAUAAGAAGUUUCCGGUCACCAAACUUAAGGAUGAACAGGCUGGGCCUUCGGUCCUUGCCAAGUUAACAGACUGGGCCUUCGGUCCUUACCAAGUUCCAGGAUCGGCUCGCCAAAAACCCUUGGGAGGCUGUGGUUUAGACCCCAGUUUUGAUAAUUUUUGGAGUUUAUAUUCCUUCACCACCUCGAAGCGAUCUGGUAGUCGAGGUUUUUUCUAUCUUUCGGCCAAACCAGAUUGCGGGUAUCUGAGCGCCCUGAAGUCGAAUAACGAGUGGACUAAGUAUAAACCCCUUCCGAAAACCUGUGGUGGGGGGCUGGAGGGUGACCAAAUAAGGAGUCUGACAUUUUAUAAGUAUGAUCCCAAGAAGCUUCUCAAUGAGAAAGUUUUGCAAUUGUCUGGGCUCUCUCCAGCGUCCCUUCACAUCGAAGAGUCCUUAGGUGAUUUUCUUCUUUCGGUCUCACUUGCUUUCAUCGCUGUAGUGUUCGCAUAUGCUAACCUUUCCCUGCUCGCAGAUAGUAUCAUCAUGAGCACGCGCACGGCUAUGCGGAGGAUCGCGGCCCAGAACAAAUCGAGGAAGGGGGGUGAGAUCGCAAGUUCCUCGGAUCCGAAAGGGAAGGGCAAGGCAGUUGCUAGUGCUCAAGAUUUAUCUUUGAUCCCACCUCCCUCGGUUCCCUCCAAAACACUCGCAAUUGCCACUCCUGAUGGGCAACAGCCCAUUGCAGUUGAUAGCGAGGGUACGCCUUCCGCCCAUAAUGAUCAUCUCGGCUACAACUCCUCGGAGUUAGAACUGGGUCUGGACGAGGCUAGCGGGGGCCAUGGGGUCGACCAGGGGAGCCCAGGUCCGCCUGAGGAGCGAUCUAAGAAAAGGAGGCGAUCUCCCCCGAAGAAAGGACAAGGGCCCAAGUCCAAGUUAGGGCCUAGCGAUAAGGGCAAGGGGAAGGAGCCCGCUGAGGCCUCUCACCCUCCUUCAAAAUCGCAUAGCCCGAGCGUGCUGAGCAGGAUGGCUAAGGAAGCCGCGGAUAAGACUAGUGUUGAUGAAGAUCGGGACAAAUUUUUGAGGGUGGCGCAGCUCGCCACAUGUUGGGAGGACAGCCGGGCAUCUCUUCGAGGCAAUGUGCCGCCUCCCGAAUGGCAAGAUAUGUCGAGCUCGUCGCUGUAUGGCGAGGCUGGAGGGGACACUUUUGCAAUCUACAACUCAUUCGUCUCCGUUCGCGACCAGGGAGCACUUGUACCGAAUAACCCUAUUCGGCUCGAGGAGUUCGCUGCCCACUCCCUAGUCCAGGCCAUGACCUUUCUUCGAAGCCUAAGCCUCAAAUGUACCCAUUAUCAAGAGUUAUAUUCAAACUGAUCAGAAGGUGCAAGAUCUUAGGUCUCAACUGGCCGAACGAGACGAGACCGAACGCAAGCAAGAGGAUAACCUGCUGGCCUUGGGGGAUGAAGUGCAAAAGUUGCGAGCCGAGCUCGAUGUUGCCAAGAAGGAGAGGGAGAUUCUUCGUUCUGAGCAAGAGGUGGCUCUGGCGGAGGCCAAGAAAGAGGCGUUCGAUGCUGGACGUGAGGUCGGCCUCGUGGAGGGCCAUAA